UACUUAUGACGGCAUUCACAGUUCGCGAAUACAUAACUGCGGGACAGCUUGGUGGCGGGAGAUACGCGCAUGGUCCUGAACGAUCAGUUCUUAGCACUUCUAUAUUGUCAGGAGUCCAGGAUUUUUUUUAAUAACAAUGGCACUGCAGCACAACGGCACCGUUUCCAAAAUGGCCAAACACAACGGCGAAGCUACCGAUCAUCACUCCUCUACAAACGGAAAGGAAGAAGCCGAGAAUGAACAUGCUGAUCGGUUCACUUUCACCUCCGAACCCACGCUUGAAGACAUCCGCCGCAUGCAGGCUGAGUUCACUGACGAGAGGAACUGGAACCAGUUUCACCAGCCGCGGAACCUGCUGCUGGCUCUGGUGGGAGAGGUCGGCGAGGUGUCGGAGCUGUUCCAGUGGCGCGGGGAGGUGGCGGAGGGUCUACCUGACUGGACCGAACCGGAGCGGGAGCAUCUGGCCCAGGAGCUCAGUGAUGUGUUGAUAUAUCUGGUUGAACUGGCCGAGAAAUGCCACGUUGAUUUACCUCGAGCUGUCCUGCGCAAAAUGGCAUUAAACCGACUGAAGUACCCUGCUAGCAAAGUUCACGGAUCUGCUAAGAAAUACACUGAAUACAAGGACUGAUGUGGAUGAUGGCGUGUUUUAGCCAAAGACAGACGUUAUUAAACAGUUUAUAACAGAUGGAGCUGAUAUUGAGUGACUUAACUCUUAAAACCCACCGUGCUUCUAAAGUUUUCUUCGUUGAAUCUACUGUUGGGGGGACUACUCAGUUUUAGGUUGAGCUUUUAAAAAUCUGUAAGAGACUUGUUUGCACAUUUUCCUACUAUAAGCAGCUAAGGUUUUAUGGUUAUUUUCUUUUAUUUUUCCAGACUAUUUUACCAAAGCUGCUGUGAACAACGUUACUUUGUGCUGUGUAGUGUUUUUGCAUCACAGUAAAGUGUUUUGCAACACACAUGGUCUCUGCAAAUAUUUACUCUGGAAACUGGCAUGUUUCCGUUAUUACAGCUAGUUAUGUUGGCUCUCUAAGUGUUCAGUUUUGUUUUUUUUUUUUUGUUUUUUUUUAUGUGCAUUAACCCUGACAUAUGUAACACUAAUAACAUCUUAACAUAUGGUCUCUCAAGAUACUUCAUAUUCUGGCAAAAGAUUUGAACAUGCAAAUCAAGUGAAAAUUGCUUGCAUGCUAUUUUAAUCAGGAUUGCAGUUAAACUUUAUUCUUACAUUCUGUCUUUAUUGAUUGAAACUGAUUCUGCAAGACAUGUCAUCGGUUUUGUGGUUGGUAAUAAAAGCAUUUAGGAGGUAACCUCUA